GGGGUCGGGGUGGGGUGGGAGGAAGGCGAGUUUCCCUGGGAAUUAGAGGUACUGGCUGAGCUCCGAUCCCACUCACCCUUCCUUUCCUUCCUGUGAGUGUUGGGGCCGCUGAAUUGGCCACUAAAGCUCAGUAGGAAGAAGUGGACAUGGGGGUCAUUUGAGGGGACCUUUGCCAACACACACCUGCAGUGCCUUUCCCACUGAGAGACCCCCAGCCCCUCCCCUUUGUAAAUGAGUUGGUCCCCAGAGAUCCCCAAAGCCACUGGCGUCAGAAAGAAUCCUGGCCAGGAGGUGGAGGUCGCGGUCCUAGGUCCUAGUCCCCAGAUGGAUGUUGGCCUUUGGCAACUUCCCGCCUUUCUGGGAGCCUUAGCUUCCCCAUUUGUGCAAGAAAGUGGCCCAGAGGUGGACAGUCCCUAGAGAAAUACAGGGUCGGGUGUUGCUGGAGCCUCCUCCCCUCUGAGAGGCGAUGCGUGAUGCGGUGGAGAGCUGGGCUCGGUCUCCCGCUUACUGCCCCUUCUUGAGCUCAGUUUCCACUUCUGUAAGAUGAAGUAGAGUCCAGUACUGCCAGCCGGGCGUGUGACAUGCCCAACGCAAAUUCAGGAGGGUCUUCUCAGACCCCAGCGGGUAGCCGGCUAAGAGCGACAGCCCUGGCAACCAAUCGGCUGCGAAGACGGCUUCGGGCAGGGUUCCCAUUGGCUUACUCCUUCUGGGUCGAGGAGCGUCCGGAGAUCGAGUACCUGCUCUUCACCUGGUUCGGUCCGAACUUCUGGGAGGCCUGCAGGGUCGAAGGGGAGACGGGUUCAGAGAGGAGCAGGCAGUUGUCGGCAGCCACACAGCACGUCCUCAGACUGACCCUUCUGACCUUUGUCCCGACCCCUCCGUCCCUGUUCAGUCUCACCAUGGCUUUCCGGACACAGCUGAUGUUGCUGCUUUGGAAGAAUUUCAUGUAUCGCAAGAGACAGCCGAUACAGCUCCUGGUCGAGUUGCUGUGGCCCCUCUUCCUCUUCUUCAUCCUGGUGGCUGUCCGCCACUCCCACCCCCCACUGGAGCACCACGAAUGCCACUUCCCCAACAAGCCACUGCCGUCCGCGGGCACUGUGCCCUGGCUCCAGGGCCUCAUCUGCAACGUGAACAACUCCUGCUUCCCGCAGCCAACACCUGGUGAAAAUCCCAGGCUCCUGAGCAACUUCAAUGACUCCCUGGUCUCUCGGCUCCUGGCCGAUGCCCGCACUCUACUGGGGGGUCCCAGUGCCCAGAGGACGCUGACUGGCCUGGGAGAGCUGAUGCCCCUGCUGAGGGCCAUGAGCAGCAGAGCCUGGCCUCCACAGACUGACUGGCAGCAGGAGCGUCCUUCACUGGUCGCUGAGCUUCUGGGGAUGCUGCUGCCAGGGGAACCCCUGGGGGGCGCCCUGGGUCAUGCCCGGGAGUCCAUGGACAGCUUUGUGGAAGCAGUCAAAGACCUGGUCCAGGAGCUCCUGGUGCUGCCCAGCCUGGUGGAGCUUCGGAGUCUGCUGCAGAGACCCCGGGGGACAGGUGGCCCCCUGGAGCUGGUGUCAGAAGCCCUCUGCAGUGCUCAGGGGCCUAGCAGCCCAGGGGGCCUCUCCCUCAACUGGUACGAGGCUGGCGACCUGAGGGAGCUGGUGGGGCAGGACCCAGCACCAAACCUGCCAGACAAAGGCCUGAGCCCUGCCUGCUCUGAGCUGAUGGGGGCUCUGGGAGACCACCCACUGUCCCGCCUGCUCUGGAGGCGCCUGAAACCGCUGAUCCUGGGGAAACUGCUGUUUGCACCUGACACGAAUUUCACGCGGCAGCUCAUGGCCCAGGUCAACCGGACCUUCGAGGAGCUGGCUCUGCUGAAGGAUAUCCAGGAGGUCUGGGGGGUGCUGGGACCCCAACUCUUUGACUUCAUGAACAACAGUGCCAAUGUGGCUAUUCUGCAGAGGCUCCUUCAAAGGCAGGACAAAUCGGGGUGGCAGCCAGGACCAGGAGGCCCAGACCCGACGGAGGCCCUGCAGUCCUUUCUGGACCCCAGCAUGGGUGGCUACAGCUGGCGCGAUGCCCACGCUGAUGUGGGACUUCUGAUGGGCACACUCGGCCAAGUCAUGGAAUGUGUGUCCCUGGACAAGCUGGAGGCCUGGCCUUCCGAGGCAGCCCUGGUGUCGCGGGCCCUGCAGCUGCUGGCCGAGCACCGCUUCUGGGCCGGCAUCGUCUUCCUGGAGCCCCAGGACCCGGCAGACUCCUCAAAGAAGCCAGCCCCAGACCUGGGCCCUGGCCACGGCCACGUGCAAAUCAAGAUCCGCAUGGACAUCGACGAUGUCACCAGGACCAAUAAGAUCAGGGACAGGUUUUGGGACCCUGGCCCGGCCGCGGACCCCCUGACUGACCUGCGCUAUGUGUGGGGCGGCUUCGUGUAUCUGCAGGACCUGCUGGAGCACGCUGCUGUCCGCGUGCUCAGCGGCACGGACCCCCGCGCUGGCUUCUACCUGCAGCAGAUGCCCUACCCGUGCUACGUGGACGACGUGUUCCUGCGUGUGCUGAGCCGGUCGCUGCCCCUGUUCCUGACGCUGGCUUGGAUCUACUCAGUGGCGCUGACCGUCAAGGCUGUGGUGCGGGAGAAGGAGACGCGGCUGCGCGACACCAUGCGCGCCAUGGGACUCAGCCGCGCGGUGCUCUGGCUCGGCUGGUUUCUCAGCUGCCUUGGGCCCUUCCUGUUCAGCGCUGCGCUGCUCGUUCUGGUGCUGAAGGUGGGGGACAUCCUUCCCUACAGCCACCCGGCCGUGGUCUUCCUGUUCUUGGCAGCCUUUGCGGUAGCCACCGUGGUCCAGAGUUUUCUGCUGAGCAUCUUCUUCUCGCGUGCCAACCUGGCGGCCGCCUGUGGAGGCCUCGCCUACUUCUCACUGUACCUGCCCUACGUGCUCUGUGUUGCCUGGAGGGACAGGCUGCCCACGGGUGGCCGUGUGGCCGUGAGCCUGCUGUCGCCAGUGGCCUUCGGCUUCGGGUGCGAGAGCCUGGCCCUGCUGGAGGAGCAGGGUGAGGGCGCACAGUGGCACAACUUGGGCCGGGGACCGGCGGCAGAUGUCUUCAGCCUGGCGCAGGUCUCAGGCCUCCUGCUGCUGGACGCCACCCUCUAUGGCGUCAUCGUCUGGUACCUGGAGGCUGUGUGCCCAGGCCAGUACGGGAUCCCCGAACCGUGGAAUUUUCCCUUUCGGAGGAGCUACUGGUGUGGGCCUGGACCCCCCAAGGGUCCCGACCCCAUCCCUGCCCCCCAGGACCCAAAGGUGCUGGUGGAGGAGGCGCCCCGGGGCCUGCGCCCUGGCGUCUCUGUUCGAGGACUGGAGAAGCGCUUUCCCGGCUGCCCACAGCCAGCCCUGCGUGGGCUCAACUUGGACUUCUACCAGGACCAGAUCACUGCAUUCCUGGGCCACAACGGGGCGGGCAAGACCACCACGCUGUCUAUCCUGAGCGGCCUCUUCCCGCCCAGUGGUGGCUCAGCUUUUGUCCUGGGCCACGACGUCCAGUCCAGCAUGGAGGCCAUCCGGCCCCACCUGGGGGUCUGCCCGCAGUACAACGUGCUGUUUGACAUGCUGACCGUGGAGGAGCAUCUGUGGUUCUACGGGCAGCUCAAGGGCUCCCAUGCCACAGUGGUGGGCGCUGAGCAGGAGCGUCUGCUGCAGGACGUGGGACUCGUGCCCAAGCGGUGGACUCAGACACGCCACCUCUCUGGUGGGAUGCAGCGGAAGCUGUCCGUGGCCAUGGCCUUUGUGGGUCACACGCGGGUGGUCAUCCUGGAUGAGCCCACAGCUGGUGUUGAUCCCACAUCCCGCCGAGGCAUCUGGGAGCUGCUGCUCAAGUACCGGGAAGGUCGCACGCUGAUCCUCUCCACCCACCACCUGGAUGAGGCCGAGCUCCUGGGAGACCGGGUGGCCAUGGUGGCAGGUGGCCGCCUGUGCUGCUGUGGGUCCCCACUCUUCCUGCGCCGUCACCUGGGCUCUGGCUACUACUUGACACUGGUGAAGAGUCCCCAGCCCCUGGCCAGUGCCGUGAAGGAUGAGGAGGACACCCACUUGAAGGACGGCAGGGGCUCUGGCCAGAACAGCACUGCGGGUGCCCCUCAGCUCCUGGCCCUGGUGCGGCGCUGGGUGCCUGGGGCCCGGCUGGUGGAGGAGCUGCCCCACGAGCUGGUGCUGGCCUUGCCCUACGCGGGUGCGCUGGAUGGCGGCUUUGCCAGGCUCUUCCGGGAGCUGGAUGAGCAGCUGGGGGCGCUGAGCCUCAGUGGCUAUGGGAUCUCAGACACCAGCCUCGAGGAGAUCUUCCUGAAGGUGACAGAGGACUGUGCCUCGGACACAAACCCAGAAGAUGGCAGCCCUGGGCAGCAGGCCUGUGUGCACCUGGCUGUCCCAGAUGGCACCCCGGGGGCCACGGUCGUGCCAGAGGAACCAGCCCCGGGCCAGGGGGAGCUGGGUGAGUCCCGCACCCCACAAUCCCCCAAGGUCCCCACCUCCAGAGCACUGACCUUCCCGCCCCCGACAGCUGGGUCGGCCCCAGAGACCCAGGCCUUGCAGGGCUCUGCGCCGGCCACUGCAGGACGAGUACAGGGCUGGGCACUGACCCGUCAGCAGCUCCGAGCCCUGCUUCUCAAGCGCUGUCUGCUGGCCUGCCGUAGCCGCUGGGGCCUGUUUGCACAGAUUGUGCUGCCCGCCCUCUUUGUUGGCCUGGCCCUGCUCUUCAGCCUCAUCGUGCCUCCUUUUGGGCACUACCCAGCUCUGCGGCUCAGUCCUGCCAUGUACGGCGCCCAGGUGUCCUUUUUCAGCUCUGAUCUGCACACACACAGCGAGGACACCCAGGGGGACCCCAAGUAUGGCCGCCUGCUCAAGGCGCUGCUGGGGCAGGCAGGACUGGAGGAGGCGCACCUGCAGAACACCUCCAACAGGCUGCCCGCGUGCCCAGGGGCCCUCUCCUGCCUGUUCUCAGUCCCUGAGGCCACUGCUGAUGUGGCCAGGGUCCUGGCCCGUGGCAACUGGACCCCAGAGUCUCCAUCCCCAGCCUGCCAGUGCAGCCAGCCUGGUGCCCGCCGCCUGCUGCCCGACUGUCCGGCUGCGGCUGGUGGCCUCCCACCGCCCCAGGCAGUGGCCAGCUCUGGGGAGGUGGUCCAAAACUUGACGGGCCGGAAUCUGUCCGACUUCCUGGUGAAGACCUACCCAAGCCUGGUGCGCCAGGGCCUCAAUACUAAGAAGUGGGUGGAUGAGGUCAGGUAUGGGGGCUUCUCAUUGGGGGGCCGAGACCCAGACCUGCCCUCAGGGACGGAGGUGGCCCAUUCUGUGGAGCAGCUGAGGGCCCUGCUGAGUCCCCAGCCAGGUGGAGCCCUGGACCAUGUCCUGCACAACCUCUCAGCGUGGGCUCACAGCCUGGAUGCUCACCACAGCCUCAAGAUCUGGUUCAACAACAAGGGCUGGCACGCCAUGGUAGCCUUUGUCAACCGAGCCAACAAUGCACUCCUGCAUGCCCACCUGCCCCGGGGCGCCGCCCACCAGGCCUACAGCAUCACGACGUUCAACCACCCCCUGAACCUGACCAAGGAGCAGCUGUCCCAGGCUGCCCUGAUGGCCUCGUCCGUGGACGUGCUCGUGUCCAUCUGUGUGGUCUUCGCCAUGUCCUUCGUCCCGGCCAGCUUCACCCUGGUCCUCAUUGAGGAGCGUGUCACGCGAGCCAAACACCUGCAGCUCGUCGGGGGCCUGCCCCCCACCCUCUACUGGCUGGGCAACUUUGUCUGGGACAUGUGCAACUACUUGGUGGCUGUGUGCAUCGUGGUGCUCAUCUUCCUGGUCUUCCAGCAGAAGGCCUAUGUGGCCCCUGCCAACCUGCCUGCCCUCCUGCUGCUGCUGCUACUGUAUGGCUGGUCAAUCACGCCACUCAUGUACCCGGCCUCCUUCUUCUUCUCCGUGCCCAGCACGGCUUACGUCGUGCUCACCUGCAUCAACCUCUUUGUGGGCAUCAACGGCAGCAUGGCUACCUUCGUGCUGGAGCUCUUCUCGGAUCAGAAGCUGAAGGAGGUGAGCCGCGUCCUGAAACGCAUCUUCCUCGUCUUCCCCCACUUCUGCCUGGGCCGGGGGCUCAUCGAUAUGGUGCGGAACCAGGCCAUGGCUGACGCUUUUGAGCGCCUGGGAGACAGGCAGUUCCAAUCGCCCCUGCGCUGGGAGGUGGUGGGCAAGAACCUGCUGGCCAUGUCUGUGCAAGGGCCCCUCUUCCUCCUGCUCACGCUCCUGCUGCAGCACCUCGGCCGCCUCCUGCCACAACCCCAGCUGAGGACGCUGCCGCCCCUGGGAGAGGAGGAUGAGGAUGUGGCCCACGAGCGGCAGCGGGUGGCCAGAGGGGCCACCAAGGGGGACGUGUUGGUUCUCAGGGACCUGACCAAGGUGUACCAUGGGCAGAGGAUGCCAGCUGUCCACCGCCUGUGCCUGGGGAUCCCCCCAGGUGAGUGUUUCGGACUGCUCGGUGUGAAUGGAGCCGGGAAGACCACCACGUUCCGCAUGCUGACCGGGGACAUACUGCCCAGCAUGGGCGAGGCAGUGCUGGCAGGUCACAGCGUGGCCCAGGAACCAGCUGCCGCGCACUGCCACAUGGGCUACUGCCCGCAGUCAGACGCCAUCUUCGAGCUGCUGACUGGCCGCGAACACCUAGAGCUGUUUGCACGCCUGCGAGGCGUCCCUGAGGCCCUGGUGGCAGGGACGGCCAGCUGGGGCCUGGCGCGCCUGGGGCUCCCGCGAUAUGCCGACAGACUCGCGGGCACCUACAGUGGGGGCAACAAACGCAAGCUGGCCACAGCCGUGGCGCUGGUUGGGGAUCCCGCUGUGGUCUUCCUGGAUGAGCCCACCACGGGCAUGGACCCCCGUGCGCGGCGCUUCCUCUGGAACAGCCUUCUGGCCGUGGUGCGCCAGGGCCGCUCCGUGGUGCUCACCUCGCACAGCAUGGAGGAGUGCGAGGCGCUCUGCACGCGCCUGGCCAUCAUGGUGAACGGGCGGUUCCGCUGCCUGGGCAGCACGCAGCACCUCAAGCGCAGAUUCGGCGCUGGCCACACACUGACCCUGAGGGUGCCCGUGGACCGGCACGAGGGAGCGACGGCCUUUGUGGUGGCGGCAUUCCCCGGGGCCGAGCUGCGAGAAGCGCAUGGGGGUCGCCUACGCUUCCAGCUGCCACAGGGAGAGCGCGGCGCCCUGGCACACAUUUUUGAAGAGCUGGCAGCCCAUGGUUCAGACCAUGGCAUGGAGGACUUCUCUGUGAGCCAGACCACACUGGAGGAGGUCUUCCUGCACUUCUCCAAGGACCAAGGGAAGGAGGAGGAAGACCAGGAAGGAGUGGAGGUGGAGCCUGCAGCAGGCUCUGAGCAUCCCAGAGGCCUUGGCCGGGCCUCCGUGGACACCCUAGUGAUGGAGACUGUGCUCUGAGCCUGCCUCCCCCCGGGGCAGGAGAGCCCCAGGAGCCAACAUCAGCCCCCCAGAGCACCCGCUACCCUGGAGCAAAUAGAGAAGACUGGGGCCGAGGCGGGGGCUCCGUGGUAGAGCACUUGCCUAGCAUGUGUGAGGCAUGCGUUCCAUUCUCAGCACCACAUAUAAAUAAAUGAAUAAAAUAAAGGUCCAUACAUCUAAAAACA